GUUACGUCCGCGCGUACGUCCGUCCGCCAGUUCAGUUGUCAGUUGCACAAUGGCAUCGUCGGUCUGUGCUUGCCCGUCUUGUUGCUGCCGCCGUCGUUUCUGAGCGGUGGGCCGGCCCAAAACGUUGGACCGUCCGUCGCGCGGAUACCACGAGUCUCUCUCGCGUACACGCGCACGCUCUCUGUCUUUCUCCCACCUCGAUCUUUGUUCUCUGAAAAAAACCGCGGAAGACGAAAAAAAAAAAAUAUCUCGGCCGUGUUUCGCAAACGAAACAACCAACAGCUCCGUCAUCAAACGUGACGCAGCAGCCGACGUGAGAAGCGAGCCAAGAAGAAGAAGAACAAGAAGAAGACUCUGCCGUGCCGCCCGCGGACGUCCAAUCGUCUUUAACCACCCACCGAUUCAGGAACGACGCACGGCAAAAACAACGACAAGGAAAAAAAAACAUGAAGAAUCAGUUCUCGACAGCGACCGACUGAUUAUCCACGAAGAUCUCUCUCCGUCCAAGGACCCGGCGCAGCGACAUUGUGAAACGACACUGCACGGGUUCCACUCUCCCCAAAAGCACAAGUGAUAUUUCUAACUAAAUAGCUUAACUCGUUAGAGCUUAUAGAGAAGCCAAACACCCGUCGUGAGAGCGAGAAAUCCACGCGCUGCGCUCUUUGUACAUAAUAUAGAUGCCAAUAUUCGGGAUUGUAGCGUCGCGACGAAAAUCCAAGUGACGCGCGAAGUGUGUUCAACGCAUUCUUAUACCAUAAUAUAUCCCGCGUAAACCAGGACAAUAUAAUACAUAUAUAUAUAAUAAGAGGAACAUUGUGUCUGUGCACGAGUGACACAUCGAGAGUGUGCGCGGGCGCGCGCGGUUUAAAGGGGACGCAACAUGAGAGUGGCCAGGCAGCAUCCACUGCAUCUGCAAGUACCGACCCGUACCAAUAAUGGCAAGUUUCUGGUCGGUCUUAACGCCGGCGGUCAGGACGUCGUUCAUCAGCAACCGUUGCCGCAGCAACAGCCGGCCAGCGACGAGAGCAGUGCGGUAGUGCCGCCGAGCUGCGUCUUCCCUAGCUGCGAGUCGGUGCCCACCGACCUUCAUGGGGGGCCGACCCUGCUUGGCGAUCGAUUCCUGCUUCUUGGUCCGGCCGAGGGUAGCGCUCUUUAUCGAUGCGUCGACGUGCACAGCGGUCAGCAACUCGUUGCAAAGGCGCUGACCGUGGGCGACAAAGGUUGCGAGGCGUUGCUGCAGGCCCACCUUCGUCUGGAGGGCACCGGCGCGGCGAGUGGCGUGGCGGGCGUGGUGGAGGCACCUGGAGGUCGGCGUUAUCUCCUCUUGGAGGGCCAUCACGGUGACCUGCACGCCUACGUAAGGGCGCGCAGGAGACUGCGCGAGCCCGAGGCGAGACGGCUCUUCCGGCAGGCGGCCAGGGCUGUUGCGACUUGUCAUGAAUACGGGGUCGUGCUGAGGGAUCUCAAGCUCCGGAAGUUUGUCUUCGCCGAUGAAGCGAGAACGCGGCUUCGCUUGGAGAGCCUCGAGGACGCGGUGAUCGUGGACAACGACGACGACAAGCUGACCGAUCGGCGCGGCUGCCCGGCGUAUGUCGCGCCGGAAGUGCUGCGGUCCAGACGCGCUUAUUCCGGCAAGGCGGCGGACAUCUGGUCGCUGGGCGUGCUGCUCUACACGAUGCUGGUCGGUCGUUAUCCAUUCAACGACGCCGAGCACGCGUACCUCUUCGCCAAGAUCUCGCGCGGCCAGUUCGCCGUGCCGGAGGGUCUGAGUCCGCGCGCCAAGUGCCUGAUCCGUUCGUUGCUGCGAAAGGAGCCGUCCGAGCGACCUUACGCCGAGGACGUGCCGCUGCAUCCGUGGCUGUCGAAGCCGCUACGAUUAUACGCGUCGACAGCCUCCGGUAGCAGGUCCUCGUGCCAGGACCAACUCGUACCAGAGCUACCUACCAAUCCUCAACAAGACUGACUCUCCUGCGGGGGAAGAAUCACUAUUCUGCGCGCGACGGCGUCACACUCUCAUCCUAGUGCUUCUCUCGCGCCGACAGCCGGAUCGAAUUUCUCUCAGGCCGAGGGAGAAGAGUUAGAGCUAGCGCAAUCAAAAAGGAAGAAGAAGGGAGAAAAAUAACUUUUUUUUUUAACACAUUGGCUGUGUUUGUAGGGAAUAGCGAUAAGUUUCGACGAAUGAAACAACUCCGCGAUUUGUUUGAUAUAGUGCAUUUGGAAAAGAUAUAAGCAUAUAAAGAAUUAAUGAAACUGUUAUCAAAAGAGAGCAAUGUUAUGUAAAAUAUUCUAUCUUAAAAGAAAAAAAAAAUAAUAAAAUAAUAUAAAAUCGUAAAUUGAAAAAUAUAUAUCUUGGCAGUCAAUGUGUUAAUGGCAGCUGAAUCAUACGCUUCACUCAUAUACGUUUGAGUCGCGCAAUUUUCAGCCUGUAUCGAGAAAUUAUAUCGAUCUUUACAUCGCGGAAACGCGCGGCUAAACACGACUAAGGAUGCUCUGAAUCCUCUCUUUUUUUGCCGACAAAGAACGGCCUAGAAUAAGCUUCGAAGCGUACUAACACGAGAUGAGAGUAAUCAUUCUCGAUGGAAAUUUUUAUAUAGAGGAGAGUAACCAAAGUCUAUUCUAAAUUCAAUCCUCUGAAUUAUUUCUCUCGUUUAGUGCUGUAAUCUUGGAGUCGAAUGAUCGAAGUUGGAAUCUUUGAACGCAAGGUAAUAUUACGUCUCAUUAAAGAUAAGCUCACACUCUAGUCCCGAGAGAACUCACGAUUGAAGCACUGAACAACGAAAAUAAAUUAAAGGAAUCCCCUCUGUAAAAUAGCGUCUCGAUUUUGGUCAUUCUCCGCUUACAAUUUCGGAGGCAACGUGACGCAAGUGAUUACAAAAAUCUUUAUUGGUUAAAAGAAUCUUAGAUUCGAGAAACAUUGCCAUUACUUGGUCCAAGAAAUCAUUCGCCUUGUUGCUUACAAGUAUAUUCGCGCGCGCGUUGCGAAUCUUUUUUGUGAUAGAAUCAUCUUGCGAAUUUUAAGCGACAUAUGUGAUACAAAAUAUACAGGUUGUUUAAUAAGCGAGCGGUUACUUGCGAUCAUCUGUCUCUGAAGUCCAUGUAUAUUAAUUAUUGUAAACGAUCGAAUUCGAUGUUUGUAUUGUGCGUUAGAUACACUCGAGUAUAUCCUCGACUUUCUCGAUAUUUCGCAUCGCGCAUCUACACGGGAUGGUUUUUACGCUAUACUGGUUGAUCCAUGUAUGAAAAAAAUAGCUAUGUAAAUUCGAAUGAGCGACUGGAACGUAAUGUAAAUUCGAAUACAACUAGUGAGCUUUGUAUAGUAUAGUAUAUACAUAUAGUAUAAAGCGAUGAAUAAAUGGGAUUAGAGAUUGAGUCGGAUUCAAAUUAAAAAUUCGCGUAAAGAAAUAUACUAUAUAUUAUAUACAUAUAAUAUAACACGCGAAAAUAAUUGCUUAAUAACGAUUAAAACGUUACUAGAGCAAGUCGUACAAAUUAAUGAACGAGUUUCUAAUCUAAAAUCCGGCUCAUUCUUUCUGCACACCCAUUUACUUAUCAUCAUUAUAUCACAGAGUCAAUCAAACUUACUAGAAGAACAUCGAAGAAGGGAUAUUUCUUGGACGCGAUAAAACUUCGUUCUCUGACCUAGAAACAUUGCCCGAAAAAGUUCAAGACUGCUUGGACAUGUGGCCUAUACAAUUAACUUUAUUAGAAAAAAACACGAAUACAUGUUGAUCAAUGAAUUUCUAACUUAAGAACAAUAAAAAUACGCUUCUAGAUCACUCAAACGACGAGUAUCUAUGAAUAUAUAAAUGUGUUCAUCGAAGGCAAUGUUUUCAGGUAGAAUACUUUCUAAUUAAUCAAAGAGAUACAAGAAGACCCUCUUCUGACUCAGACCUUAGUCAUCGCUUGCGCGCGAUAUAUAUGUUCAGCUCACUAGAUAAAAUCGAUUCGAUUUUAGAAACGAACAAAGCAAACGAUCGACGAUCUUAUAUCAGUUUAGCACAUGAGGCUACGUGUUCUAUUUUAAAGAAAUUUCUCUUAAGGACUCUUUAUAAUAAAAUUCUCUGACGAACAUAAAACUAUAAACACUUUCGGCAAAGAUUUUUAUCGUGAUGAGUCUGUUAUGAGAAUAGAAAUCUAAAUUUAAAAAUUGAUGCUUAAUCAAUGUCAGUGUAUAAUUUUGAUGAAAUUGUUUCUUUUUCUUUAUAUAUGUAUAUGUAUUGUCACGGAUUUAUAUUAAUUAUAUCGAAAUUAGUAUUGAUAUUAAACGAAAGCUGAUAUAAAAAUGAAGAUAUAAGACUUGAGAUAUUCUUAAAUAGAAUGGAAACAAAAGUGAAAUUAUAAAUAAAUAAUUUCAGAUAUAUUAA